CUAUGUAAUUACAAAUAGAGAUAGAAUUUCUUAUAAUCAUAAACAAAGUAUAAAAUUCUAUACUUCUAUAAUAUGUAUAUAUAUUUAUACAGAUUGCUAUUAUACAAGUGAAUAAAUAAUAAGUAGCUUAUUGAAGUCACAAAAUGUGGCUUAACCAAUAGCUUUGUUGGAAUAAAGCAGUACUCUACUACGUCAGAAAUUACUAAGCAAAUGUAGUGGCGAAUAACUUUUUAUUCAUCUCAUAUGGAAUAUAAUAACCAAGAUACUUUAAAGAUGAAUGAAAGCGACUCGAUUUAUGGAACUACCUUGUCGCAAGAAUCAAUAAAGGUAAUUGCAGAAAGUAUAGGUGUUGGUAAUUUCCCAGAUGAAGCUGCAAAAGAUCUUGCGGAGGAUGUAAGUUAUAGACUUAAAGAAAUCAUACAGGAUGCUGCUAAAUUUAUGAGACAUGGCAAACGUCAACGAAUGACAACACAUGAUAUAGAUCAUGCUUUGAAGAUAAAAAAUAUUGAACCCACGUAUGGGUUUUUUGCCAAGGAUCAUAUACCAUUUCGCUUUGCUUCUGGUGGAGGUCGUGAAUUACAUUUUGUAGAGGAGAAAGAGAUUGACCUCAAUGAAGUGGUGUCAAUAUCUGGUGGACAAACAUGGCCUAAAUUACCUUUAGAAAUUACACUACGUGCUCAUUGGCUUUGCAUAGAUGGUGUUCAGCCUACAAUACCAGAAAAUCCACCUCCUGUUUCUAAAGAUGUUCAAAAGCUAGAAAGUGUUGAUCCAACAAGUAAACUUACAAACAAAAGUCAGAACAUUGGUGUUGGGAAACCAGGUGGUGGUGGUAAAAGUCAGAAAUUACGUAAUGUGGAAACAGUUCAUGUCAAACAAUUAGCCACUCAUGAAUUGAGCGUUGAACAGCAAUUAUAUUAUAAAGAAAUUACUGAAGCAUGUGUUGGAUCUGAUGAAGCACGCAGAGCAGAAGCACUGCAGUCCCUCUCAGCUGACCCAGGUUUACAUGAAAUGUUAGCUCGGAUGUGCACUUUUAUUGCAGAAGGUGUACGUGUUAAUGUAGUACAAAACCACCUUGCUCUUCUAAUUUAUCUAAUGAGAAUGGUUAAAGCUCUCUUGGACAAUCCCAGCCUUUAUUUGGAAAAAUAUUUACAUGAAUUAAUACCAUCUAUCGCAACAUGUAUAGUUUCACGCCAAUUAUGUAUGAGACCAGAAGUGGAUAAUCAUUGGGCACUUCGCGAUUUUGCAUCACGCCUUAUGGCUCAAAUUUGCAAAAAUUUUAAUACUUCUACCAAUAAUGUACAAACUAGAGUAACUAGAAUGUUUAGUCAGGCUUUAGCAAAAAAUAGCCAGACUCCGCUAGCGUCACUUUAUGGUGCAAUUGAAGGACUCUGUGAGUUAGGUCCAGAAGUAAUUAAGGCAUUAGUUAUUCCUAAAAUUAAAUCUGUUUCAGAACGUAUUGAAUCAUGUAUUGAAGGACCAGGUCUAUCAAGUGUAGAUAAAAAUGGAGCAGGUCAUAUAAAGACCCUAUUAGUGAAAUCGGUAGCUCCCGUUUUAAAGACUAUACGAUCUCCUCCAGAUUAUGUAGAAGAUUACAAACAGGAUUAUGGUUAUAUAGGUCCUGCAUUGUGCGCAGCCGUUGCAAAAGCUCGUACACAACCAGCAACAUUAACAACAACUGCAUCCACAACUACAGCUUUAACAACAAGUCAACAAGGUCCAACAUGUACUGGAAAAACCAUUGUACAAGCUGUGACAAGCUCUAGUCCCGGGCAACAAACUGGACGUACAAUUAUGCUUGGAACAAGUAGAACUGCUGGUGGAACAACUACAGCUGGAGGACAAAAAUUUGUUAUUUUGCAGUCUCGAUCUCAAACACCAACCACUACAAAUAUUAAUACUAAUGCGAUUCAACAACAACCUCAGCAGCAGCAACAACAACAAUCGCAACAACAGCAAGUUAAACUAAGCCAAACCAAUGUCACCCAACAAAAAGCACAUAUACAAAGUAAUGCACCGAAAUUGGUAGUUGUUUGUAUGUCCAGUAGUAGUCAUGGUACUACUACAGUAACUCAGGGGAACAUAACAGCAAAAACACAGAACGUUUUUGUUACACAACAAAAUGUUGAAUGUUCAUUGAGUCCAGAAGAAGACCAUUCUUUUCAGUAAUAAUGACAAAAUUCGUUUCAUUCAUUUAAUUUCUAGUAAUUUGUACAAAAAUUAAUUUUUGAUGUUAAUAUACUUUGUAAGAAAAUAAAAAAUUUUUUAUGAACAUAAAAAUGA